AUGGCACAACGGCAGAGUGAGAGCAUUUCAUACAUCAGAGAAUAUGCAACCGUCUCUCGUGACAUGUCCAAUGGGCAGAUGGAUCUUGACGCGUCAGAUACCGAGGCGCGUCUCGACCAAACAGUGAAGGAACUACAGGAAAGCGUUCAGGAACAACAAGCAGCGCUGGAAAGAUUACGAAACCAAUCAGGUAUCGAUGUGGAAACUACUGCAUGUGCUUCGCAAGACCCUCUCCAAAAACUGCAACAACUUCUCGCGGUCAAAGACGCGUACCAACGUCUGAGACCAACUGCUACCUGCCUCCCAACAUGCAGCUCUCUCCUUCCAGCAUUACUGGCACUGCGUAGCCUUCAGCAGAAUGUCCAGGGGAUCAAGGAGGCCAUCUCCGCUACCCAGGUACAGCUCAGCAAAGCAGAGAUUGCGCUACGAGGAGAGGAAGCAAACCUGCACGAUGCGAAUCUACUUACGCAAACCAUGGAAACCCGCAUUGAGCGUCUUCAAGCACAUUAUGAGAAUCGCUCACAAAAGACCCCUGCCCAGCUUGCACGGGAACUGAUUGCAGCGAAGCGUGCCCAGAAAGAUCGAUACGACGCAGAUACUGCGCGUUUUGGCGAAGCUAUGAACGACUUCAUCAACGACUACUUAUCUUCCAUGCUUGCAGCCGAAGAAUUGGGAGGCCCUGUUGUUGGCGACAUGCUUGAUGUGCAGGAGGACACACUUGCAGCUGGCUUCACCAAGAAAGGAAAAGCAAGAUCUUCGAAGAGAACCGUGUCCGAUAGGACGCGGCAGCGAAGAAUCGACCAGAUAUGGGGUGAAAAAGCUGCCACUGUGGUUGAGGACGACGAGACACCGCCCACGGAAGCUGAAGCUGCUGAUGCUGAGAUGAGGCAACUAAUCAGUAGCCUCUUUGCUGUCCUCAGGGGACCUGGAGGAGGCAAGGCAUACUUCCUGCUCGAGAGAGACUCAGCAGCAUCAAGGUUCUUGGUUAGGGCAAGGAUUGCACAAUUCCAUCCCAAAGACGCAAAGAGGCUGCGUUUGAUAGACUUUGGCCGGGAUUUGGAGGAUUGA